UGAUUAUCAAAUGCCAUUACUUUCGCAAACAACUCUGAGUCUAAGACGGCUUCGAGUUGGGGCAUGCGCUAUAGCUAUAAGGAGCCGCCGUCAACACGCAAGGGCCCCAAUCCUCUUCUCUUUCUCGGUUUGUCUCUGGCUUCAUUCGGUGUCUUCUACUACAUCGUCAAACGUCGAGAGACAGCUUAUCCGGCAUCGAAGCAGCCUAGACAACACGACAACCCUCUUAUUCCCCCCCGACACCGAGAUCAGUAACCUCAAUCCAAAUCAAUCCAACAUGGCAGAAUCUACGUCUUCGCCCGUUUUUGGCGCCGAGAAGGUCACCGUCAUUUAUGUCCUGGGUGGGCCCGGAGCUGGGAAAGGCACGCAAUGCAGCAAGCUCGUUGACGCGUUUGGCUUUUGCCAUCUAUCUGCUGGAGACCUUCUGCGUGAAGAACAAAACCGAGAAGGGUCUCAAUAUGGUGAAAUGAUCCGAACAUACAUUCGAGAGGGUACUAUCGUCCCAUCUCAUGUCACCAUAAAGCUUCUUGAGAAUGCUAUGACCGAAGAGAUGAAGAAAAAGACGGGAGAUGGGUGGGUGGAUGGCAGGGGUCGAUUCUUGAUCGAUGGCUUCCCUAGGAAGAUUGAUCAGGCUAUUGGAUUCGAUGAAACGGUAUGUCUUGCUUCAUUGGUCAUCUUCUUCAACACAUCGGAAGAUGUGAUGCUUGAACGCCUGCUUGAGCGCGCAAAAACCAGCGGACGUGAAGACGACAACGUCGAAACUAUUAGAAAGCGUUUCCGCACAUACAACGAGCAAACCAUGCCCGUGAUAGAACAUUACAGGACACUGAACAAGGUUGCAGAGAUCGAUAGCACGGCGGCGGUCGAGGAAGUCUAUCAUGUGGCGUGUGCUACUGUUACCAACCUGUUUUCUUGAGUUAUACCCAGAAUACCUCCUUAGACAUCGAAAUCCGAACACUUUUUGUCUGCAACUACGAGCGUUGUUGGGGUAUCGCUAGUGCGCUCUCAAAGUAAACUCGGGACCUUGUUAUGCCACUCCCAAGUGUAGAAUUGAUGCUAAAUAUUCUUAGUUCAUUCACAGCAAGCACGUAAUGCAUUGGUUACAACCAUCCGUGUUCAGGGGUACCACCGGGUUCUCAAUCGCGAACCACAUGCCGCU